CUUGCCGGAAUACAGGUGCGAUAAAAACAGGACGACACGAAAGCCUGAGGAAAAGUUGAGCUGCUUUGAAAGAAAACCUCCAGUCGAAGGUCCGGCCUGCGGUACCACGUCUACAAAUCUGCACCGAGAGUCUGCGGCCUCUGAAGUGCUUGGAGAGAGUUGUGUGGGCUGCUGCGGAGGAGCACUCGGGCAGAGAAGACUCACCAAGCCUUACAGAGUCCAGAGGGAAGAUGAUACAGCGGCUAACGGGGAGGAUGAUUUUUCUGGCUUUUCUUGUCAGUUUUGUGGCGUGUAACGCCCCGCCGGUGCCGUUAGAUGACAUCGUCGUGGAAAAAACGUUCACGCCUGAGAAAUGCGACCGGGCCGUGCAGCCGGGGGAUUUCGUCCGGUAUCACUACAACGGCAUGUUCCCUGACGGCAAGAAGUUUGAUUCCAGUUAUGAUCGUGGCACCACGUACAAUGUGUUUGUUGGCCGGGGUCAGCUUAUUGCCGGAAUGGACAAAGCAUUAGUGGGCAUGUGUGUGAAUCAGAGAAGUCUUGUCAAAAUCCCUCCAGAGCUGGCCUACGGGAAGAACGGCUAUGGUGACAUCAUCCCUCCUGAUUCAAUCCUGCACUUUGACGUGCUGAUGCUGGAUGUCUGGAACCCAGAAGAUAAGGUGCAGAUUCAGACUUAUUACAAGCCAGAGAAAUGUGGCCGCACUGUGGAGGUCUCUGACUAUGUGCGCUACCACUACAAUGGCACUCUGCUUGAUGGCACGUUGUUUGACUCCAGUCACACACGCAUGAGGACCUAUGAUACGUAUGUGGGGAUUGGCUGGCUGAUUGCUGGUAUGGACCAGGGGCUACUGGGAAUGUGUGUGGGAGAAAAACGUAUCAUCACCAUGCCUCCCUCACUUGGCUAUGGAGAACAUGGAGAUGGCAGUGAUAUCCCUGCUCAGGCUUCUCUGGUGUUUGAUGUGGUUCUGUUGGACCUUCAUAACCCCAAAGAUGAAAUCACAGUGGAGGUCCAGAGUCUUCCAGACUCCUGCCCUCGUAAAAGCAAAGAGGGAGACUUCAUGCGCUAUCACUACAAUGGGACACUGCUGGAUGGAACCUUCUUUGACUCCAGUUACUCAAGGAAUCGUACCUAUGACACAUACAUUGGGAAAGGCUAUGUGAUUGCUGGGAUGGACCAAGGUCUUCUGGGUGUGUGUGUCGGAGAGCGCAGGAGGAUCACCAUCCCGCCUCACCUCGCGUAUGGAGAGGAGGGGACAGGCACUAAGAUCCCUGGCUCUGCUGUGCUGGUCUUUGAUGUCCAGAUCAUUGACUUCCAUAACCCAUCUGAUACAGUGCAGAUAACCAAAGAAAAGCCAGAGCAGUGCGGCUACUCCACCAAACGCGGGGACUUUGUCAAAUACCACUACAAUGCCUCGCUUUUGGACGGCACUUACAUCGACUCCUCGCACAAAUAUGGGAAGACAUAUGACGUGGUUUUGGGAGCAGGACAGGUAAUUCCAGGCAUGGAGCAGGGUCUCAUGGAAAUGUGUGUGGGGGAGAAACGCACAUUGGUUGUGCCUCCUCACCUCGGCUAUGGAGAGAGAGGAGUGGAUGGGGAGGUCCCUGGCAGUGCAGUGCUGGUGUUUGAUAUUGAGCUGAUUGGCGUUGAGGAGGGUCUUCCUGAGGGUUACAUGUUUGUAUGGAAUGAAGAUGUGUCACCCGACCUUUUCAAGGAAAUGGACAGAAACAAGGACUUAGAAGUGGACCCCAGUGAGUUCUCAGACUACAUCCAGCACCAGGUGAAUGAAGGCAAAGGUCGCCUGGCCCCUGGUUUUGAUCCACAACGAAUCAUAGAAAGCAUGUAUCAUAACCAAGACCGCAACAAGGAUGGGAAAAUCACUGAGGAGGAGUUCAAACUGAAAGCAGAAGAAGCAGCUGCUCAUGAUGAACUAUGAGGACACACUCAGGGAUGAGAGGAAUGGGAUUGGAUGUGUGUGUAGUUAUUAUAAUGUGUGGGAGGGGAUAAUUAUGAUGGUAAGUUUGGCAGUGUGUGUUUGCAGUGCUGUUUGGGAUGUAUGUUGACAUGUAUAUGAGAGGUUCUUGUGUGUUUGAAUAGGAUUCUGUGUGUGUGUGUGUGUGUGUGUGUGUGUGUGUGUAUGUAUGUGUAUGUUUAUGUGUGAAAUGAUAUGUGAGAUUUUUAGCACAACCUUUGAGAGUGUAAGAGUGCUGGAAAUAUGUAUGUGACUUUUUACAAAAAAGACCCCUUUUAAUAAACACAUUCCAAACCCCA